UCAAAAUAGAGCAGUGCAUGGGGAUGAAUACGUGUCAAAUUGAAAGAAGCACCUGUCCAUGCAAAUGCCACGUAAUUCCCCGUCUUAUUUCUUCAAAACCCCUAUUUCACUGCCCCUUUUCUCAUGACUUUGCAGUGUUUUAAAAAAAAUAAAAAAGCAAUGUCGGCAAAAUAUUGUUUCUCAACGCCAUUAAUUCAAUGUUGCAGAAUCUUGUUGCUGUUUAUGAUUAUUAUCAUCAGUAAUGUGGCUAUCGAUGUAAAAGCUUUGGGAGAAAAUGAGGAGAUCCCAGGUUUGGAUUAUUGGGGUUUAGGUCCUCUGGUUAAGAGAUCAGAAAGAAAAUCAAUAAUUUCAACUGAAAAUGGACAAGUCUCUUCAGUCACAGUAGCUGAUGGAACUACUGGAUCCUAUCUUCUUCAAUUCAUCACAUUGGAGCCCAACUCCCUCUUCCUUCCUGUUGUUCUACAUUCAGAUAUGCUCUUUUAUGUACACACGGGGUCAGGGAAGCUAACUUGGAUGGAUGAAAAUGAGCAGAAGUCGGUGGAUUUAAGAAUAGGAGAUGUUUUCAGGCUGCCUUCUGGAACUAUUUUCUUCUUAGAGAGCAACUUAGACCCUGUGAGACAGAAACUUAGAGUUUAUUCUAUCCUUGCCAAUUCAGGGGAUGAUUUGCGUGAACCACUGAAUGGACCAUAUUCCAGCAUCCGUAAAAUGGUUCUUGGAUUCGACAAGAAAGUCCUCCAAGCAGCAUUUCAUGUACCAGAAGAGGUGAUAGAAGAAGUGUUGGCUGGAACAGAAGUACCAGCCAUCGUGCAUGGUGUGCCAAAGUCAACUAAGAAGAAGAAGAAGAACAACUUAUGGGAGAUGGAGGCUCAAUUCAUGAAAACUGUUCUAGGAAGGGACAGUUAUAGUUUCUUUGACAACCCAAAUAUUAAUAAAAAGAAGAGUCCUAAAUUGUUCAAUGUUUUCCAAGAGAAACCAGAUUUCGAAAAUUGCAACGGGUGGAGCACCGUAAUAGACAGGAAGAAAUUGCCUGCCUUAAAGGGUUCCAAAAUUGGCAUUUACGUAGUGAACUUAACCAAAGGAUCAAUGAUGGGGCCACAUUGGAAUCCAAUGGCUACUGAAAUUGGAAUAGCAAUUCAAGGAGAAGGAAUGGUAAGGGUUGUUUGCUCGAAUACUGGAACAGGGCAAAGGUGCAAAAACAUGAGGUUUAAAGUGGAAGAAGGAGAUGUAUUUGUUGUGCCAAGGUUUCAUCCUAUGGCUCAAAUGGCUUUCAACAACAAUUCAUUUGUGUUUGUGGGGUUCAGCACAACUACAAAGAAACAUCAUCCUCAGUACCUAACGGGAAAAGCUUCGGUCCUCCGAACAUUGGACAGGCACAUCUUGGAAGCAUCUUUCAAUGUGACUAACACAACAAUGGAUCAGAUUCUUGAAGCACAGGGUGAUUCAGUUAUACUGGAGUGUACAUCUUGUGCUGAAGAAGAAAAGAGGUUAAUGGAGGAAGAAAUUAGGAGGAGACAGGAAGAAGAGGAAGCUAGGAAAAGAAAAGAGGAAGAGGAAAGGGAAAGACAAGAAGCAGAGGAAGCUAGAAAGAAACAAGAAAAAGAAGAGGAGGAAGCAGCAAGAAAGCAACAGGAGGAAGAAGCACAGAGAGAGGCAGAGGAAGCAAGGAGAAGUGAAGAAGAAGCAGAAAAAAGAAGGCAGGAGGAGGAAGAAAAGGAGGAAGCAGCACAGAGAGAGGCAGAGGCAGAGGAAGCAAGGAGGAGAGAGGAGGAAGAAGCAGCCAAAAGGCAACAAGAGGAAGAAUCACAAAAGGAGGCAGAGGAAGCAAGGAGAAGAGAGGAAGAAGCAGAAACAACAAGGAAGCAGGAGGAGGAAGAAGCAAGGAGACAAGAGGAAGAGGAAGAAGCAAGGAGAAGUGAAGAGGAGGCAGCAAAAGAGGCAGAGAGGAGAAGGCAAGAGGAAGCUGAAAGACAAGAAGAGGAAGCUAGGAGACAGGAAGAAGAAACGGAAAAGAGGCAUCAAGAAGAAGCAACUGAGGAAGAGGAGCCAGGCCGACAUGAACGGAUAUUCCUCAAAGCAGCAUGAUAAAUGGGAGUACAUACUUGGUUUUAUCACCACGGUAACUGUCCUUCAUGAUCAGUCUUUACGUUUUUGUAUAAGCAAUUUCAUGUAUGUGUGUGCGUUUUUGUUUCUCCUUUUGGUAUCAUAUUUGAAACUUAUGUAAUAAAUGCUGGAACCAGCUUUCAUGGAUAUUAACAGACUUUUCCCUGUCAA